AUGUGGAGAGCUAAUGUGCGCGCCGAGGAGACCAUUAUCUCCCCUUGCCGAACGCCUUCGCCAGAUCCUGCCGCACAAGGCACCCCGAUGCGUAGAUGCAUCGCCCUGACAGUUGCCGCUGUCGAGGACGCUGGCGACAGGGAGGAGGGCGGUUCGAGUACAUUUACACAUUCCAACACCAGGUUGACCCAGUCUACUCUUCUAGCACAGUUCUUGGCACGCCACAUAUCAGUGGCCAUGGAAGGCUUCCAUGAUCAGCACACUCAUACCCCAGAAUAUGACGGCAAUGAAGGCGGCUUUCCGACAUUGGCCAGGACGGAGGUCCCCCCUGACCUCCACGGCGUAGCUGCACGCGCAUGAGGUACAGCUCAGCACAGCGCCACUCAAGCAUGCCUGAGCAUAGCAUAGUAUAGUACCGCGCCUUACAGCUCCGUGCUGGUCAACACACCGCAACCGCAACCGCAGUACAACAACACAACACAGUAUAGCUGCGCAUCGGUAUGAAUGAUGCCGCUUUCGGAUCCACCAUGGCCGAGCGAGAUCUCGGAGGGCAGAAUACCGUGAUCCUUGUUAGUCCCCUGUUAGUCCUUUGGUGAAAUGUCAGUCUAUCAACUGAACUAGACCAAAAGAAGCACAGCGUAUACUAUUCGCCUUAGUUGCUCUCCACAACAGA